UAGCAGCAUUUGCUGCGUUCUCGUAAUGUGCGUCAUGCAACAUCGACUUGGAGUUCUAUAAGUAGACUUACAAAUAAGCUGUCACCGGUUAGUGUUGCUCGCAAUCCGCUCUAGGAUAGAGGUUGAUGCUCCGAUGCCUACUCCGAAUUUCUCUAUUCAAGCAUUUGUGCCGCCAUCAGCUUCACUGUAAUGAGUGAUGAAACCAAUGAAUGUUGAUGAGUACGAAUAGUACGAGUCUAGUUGGCGGCUAGUAACCCUGAGACGAACGUAACUUGCAACUUUUCUUCUCGUUUAAAUUUCCCUUUCGGCGUGAUCCUCCUUUUCUCUUUAAUAUCAUUCGAACAUUGCCAGAUGUUUUAUCUGGGAUGUGACACUGUCAAUGAAGGAAUUAUACGUAAAAAUAUUUGUAACAUGAAGACAUGCAAGUUUCAACGAAAAUCAUCAAAAAUAUCAUAAACGUUCAAAAUUCGGCGGAACAUGCAAAAUAUGAGUAUCAUUGCAGUAUGAUGCAGUGUACAUUUCAUAACCUUAAAGAAAUUCUACAUUAAGAAAAAUGUGUCAAAUGGACACGAGGGACGGAUGAGAGUUAAUCAAAAUAAUAUUUGUGCAAUCAGUUGCAAAUUCUACAAUUAAUAUCGAGUUAAUUAAUUCAUAGAAAAAUGAAAUUCACAGAGCAUUUAAGUGCUCAUAUUACACCAGAAUGGAGAAAACAAUAUAUAAAUUACGAGGAAAUGAAAGCAUUGCUCUAUGCAGCAGUAGAGCAAGCACCAGCUGCAGAUAUAACAGAAUCACAUGUAUUAGAACGUUAUUUUAAUAAAUUUGAUGAACAAUUUUUUCAUUAUUGUGAUAAGGAAUUGGCAAAGAUAAAUACAUUUUAUUCAGAGAAAUUGGCAGAAGCAACACGUAGAUUUGCAACCCUUAAUAAUGAGCUAAGUGAAAUUCUAUCAGUUUCUGAAGAAGCGCAAGGAAGCCGUAAAAUCCGUUACCGUAACAAUAUUUUGCAUAAAAAACCAGUUUCAGCAAGAAAACUUCAAGAAUUGAAAUUAGCUUUUUCUGAAUUUUAUCUCUUUCUUAUUUUACUUCAAAAUUAUCAGAAUCUUAAUUUUACUGGAUUUAGAAAAAUAUUGAAAAAACACGAUAAACUUUUGAACAUAGAUAUUGGAGCAAAAUGGAGAGCAGAACAUGUGGAUAUUGCAUUAUUUCACACGCACAAAGAUAUAGACAGACUUAUUGCAGAAACGGAAGCAUUAGUUACAAGAGAUUUAGAACAUGGAGACAGACAACGUGCUAUGAAACGUUUAAGAGUUCCUCCACUUGGAGAACAUCUCUCUCCAUGGAUUACAUUUAAAGUGGGACUUUUCUCUGGGGCUUUCAUCGUUCUUCUUAUAGCUGUGAUACUUUCAGGUACACGUUAUAGAGACAACAAUAAUUGGCGAGUUUUAUGUAGAUUAUAUCGUGGACCACUUCUUAUGAUUCAGUUCCUUUUUCUUAUGGGAAUUAAUGUAUAUGGAUGGAGAUCUUCUGGUGUAAAUCAUGUUUUAAUAUUUGAAUUAGAUCCCCGAAAUCAUUUAUCAGAACAGGUUCAUAUUGUAGAAAUGGCUAGCAUAUUUGGAUUGGUUUGGUCUUUAUCAAUUUUGGGUUUUUUAUAUAGUGAAACGUUAGGAAUACCACCAUUUGUUCAGCCUAUGUUGUUGUACACAUUAUUAGCUUUAUUUUUGUUUAAUCCGACAAAAACAUUACGUUAUGAAGCUAGAUUUUGGGCACUUCGUGUCUUAGGUAGAAUAUUUUGUGCUCCGUUUUUCUAUGUCGGAUUUGCUGACUUCUGGCUUGCUGAUCAACUCAAUUCUCUACAUACUGUUUUCUUAGAUUUUCAAUAUUUUGUUUGCUUUUAUGUACAAAAUUCUUCGUGGACUAAUGUCACUGAUGCAGAAACUUGUAUAAUGCGCGAACUAUCAAUGAGACCGUUUGUAGCUUGUUUGCCAGCAUGGUUUCGAUUUGCACAAUGUCUACGGCGGUACAGAGACACAAGAGAAGCCUUCCCUCAUCUUGUAAAUGCAGCGAAAUAUGCUACCAGUUUCUUUGUUGUAGUAUUUUCAUAUUUACAUUUAACUAAUGCUAAAUAUUACGUAAUGUCUACUGAAAAUCCUUAUUUUUAUUUAUGGAUAAUCGCAAGUAUCAUGAGUUCUUGCUUCACGUAUACGUGGGAUGUAAAAUUGGAUUGGGGAUUAUUCGAUAGUAAUGCAGGAGAAAAUAAAUUUCUUAGGGAAGAAAUUGUUUAUUCCUCUCCAUACUAUUACUAUUUCGCAAUAAUCGAAGAUUUUAUACUCCGUUUUGGUUGGGCAUUUUCGUUGUCUCUCACUGAAAUGGGAUAUGUACACGCAGAUUUAAUGGUUUCUAUAGUUGCACCAUUGGAAGUGUUCAGGAGAUUUAUGUGGAAUUUCUUCCGUUUGGAAAACGAACAUCUGAAUAAUUGCGGCAAGUUCAGAGCUGUUAGAGAUAUAUCUGUUGCACCAGUUGAUUGCUCUGAUCAAACGCAAAUUUUGAGGAUGAUGGAUGCAGCAGACGGUGUGAUCAAUCGAAAGAGAAAGCAAAAAAUGAUGGACAAGAAACUAUCACGUACAUUUUCUAAAGGUGAAUCCCUAAUUUGCGAUCUUGGCACGUAAAUGUACUCGAGUAAGAUGAUAAAUGAUUUGCAAAAUUUGGAUGUUAAAUCGAUCUCUGUGUGUAAAUAUUGAGAAUACUGGUUUUAUUAGUGUUGUUUAAGUACAAAUAUACAUAUGCACAUCAGAAUGAUUCUGAGUACAUAUUAGAGUUAGAUUAAAUGUGGACAAUGUAUAAAUCUCGUGAAUGUAUUGUAAAAUUAUUGUACAAUAUUUACAUAUAUGCUUGUUCCCUUGCUAUUAAACGCCGCGAAUUCUCGAGAAUUUUGGGAUGUUUGUCACGAUAAGUUUAAAUUUAAAAUGCAGUGGAAAAUACAUCACACACAUAUAUGAAUACGAAUUUAAAAUGCAGUGUUAAAUACAUCAUACAAAUAAACAUCAAUGUAAUUAAAAUAAAGUAUUUUGACAUUUCUAAUAAAUUAUUAAAAAUUUUUCCCCCCUUUAUCUUCCAAUAUAUUAUACGUUUAAUAAAUAAUCUUUCGUUUCGUUUAUUUUGAUAGAAAGUAAUAAUAUUGUUUUCUCUCGAGCAUAAUCCAGAAUGCUUUGAACACUUCGACAGCUGGAGAAAAUAAAGUACCAGUGGCAAAUGUAUCGCCAAUGUAG